UAAGCCCCCAAUCUUUCAUAGCAAUAUGAACAGUAUCUGUUUAAUGUUGCGUGAAUUAGCCCACAAGAAUGAAAAAGAUUUAUUUGACUAUAUUUUUAACAAUUUGUACUUGCAAUGUACUUUUAGGUUCCAACAAACCACAAUGCUUCAAGUUUACAUGGAUCCCAAGGGGUGAGAGAGAUUGCACAGUCUACAAUGAAGAAUAUCCAAAUAUUCCUUGUAAAAAACCUAUAUUAAAUUAUACAGAACUAAAUACAACUAAACUGUGGAACGACAUACAAAAUAAUGAAAACUCAGAUUGUCUUGAGCCACUGGAAUCUGAUUGUAGUGUUUGCAUAAAGUAUACAUAUGUAUAUAAUAGAAAAAUUAUAAACGCCAGUUAUUUUUGUGGAAAAGUCAUAGAAGACCAGGCAAUAGCAGUUACAUCAGGCUGUUAUGUUACAUAUAUUGAAGGAUUUGCCGUUGAAGCAUGUGCUUGUCAAUCCGAAGCCGGCCGUAUGCCUUGCAAUUCGACAAUAAGAAAUACAUAUUCAAUACUAAUUAUUUUUAUGGCUACUUUACCGUUUAUAUAUAAAAUUUUUAAUAUUCCCUGACACUUUCGGAUUGUUUUAUGCCUCUGAUAUGGAUAAAAUUGUACAAAUUAUAUAUAUAUAUAUAUAUAUAACAUUUAUUACAAUUUAUAUGCAAUUAUCAAUUAAGCGUAUAUCUUUUUACA